CAGCAGCGACACCGACACCUGAAGCGCCAAGAGGCGAAACAACCGCUACGACAACAUUCGCAUCGCAGUCACGCGAUUUCAGCUGUCGUGUGGCUCAAACGGCACAGUCCGAAGCCUGGCAGCCGUUUAUUAGCUGCGAGGCGGCCCACGCCGACAGCAACGAUUCCUACAACAGCAGCAGCAACAUCACCAGCAUCACCAGCAACAGCACCAGCAACAGCAGCAUCAGCAGUAGCACAACAUUCCAUUGCACAUUGCAGGGCUUCGAUAGGGACGAGGAUAACGUGCUGUAUGCGUGCAGUGCUGUGCUCGAGGAGUCCGAGGCAGAGGCGGCCGUAUUAGGGCCAUGCAUGCUAGACACGCAACUAUCGAAGCCGCCGCACGAGCCGUACGCGCAAUUCGAACUGGAAAUCAAUGGGACCGUUAGUGAUAAUGUGAGUGAUACGUUUAGUUUUAGUAGCAAUUGCAAUCGACAGUUGUUUCUAUGUGAGUCCAUGGACGAGGAGCUGCUGUGUCAGCUGCAGCUCGAGCAGGAAACUGUGCGCCCCACCACGGCGCAAACAGCGACCAGCUGGCUGAACUUUCGCAUCGACCUGGGCGAUAGCCUGUGGUCCUGGCUGAACUUCAGCGAAAUGGUUGAGAAUGUCAGCGGGGGCCACGGCAACGACAGCGCCAACAAUUCAACUACGAGCUUGGACAUGAUACUGUCCAACUACACCAUAUCCGACACAACAAUGAGCACAACAACAACGGCGGCAGCCGACAUUGUCAUAUCGAGGAGCUUCCUGGACUACUCCCCACACGGCUACGACUGGCUGUUCUUAUUCGUCGUCUUCUUCAUAUUUGCCGGCGGUCUGGGCAAUAUACUUGUCUGUCUGGCCGUCGCCCUGGAUCGGAAGCUGCAAAAUGUCACCAACUAUUUCCUCUUCUCGCUGGCCAUAGCCGAUCUGCUCGUCAGCCUGUUUGUUAUGCCCAUGGGCGCGAUUCCAGCAUUUUUAGGCUACUGGCCACUCGGCUUCACGUGGUGCAACGUGUACGUUACCUGCGAUGUGCUCGCCUGCUCCUCGAGCAUACUGCACAUGUGCUUCAUCAGUCUAGGCAGGUAUAUGGGCAUCCGCAACCCACUGGGCUCGCGACAUCAUUCCACGAAGCGCCUGGCUGGCAUUAAAAUAGCCAUUGUCUGGGCCAUGGCCAUGCUGGUGUCCAGCUCAAUAACGGUGCUGGGUCUGGUCAACGAGAAGAACAUAAUGCCCCACCCGAAUGUGUGUGUGAUUAACAAUCGAGCCUUCUUUGUGUUCGGCUCGCUGGUGGCGUUCUACAUACCAAUGCUGAUGAUGGUCUCGACAUACGCACUCACCAUUCCACUGCUGCGCAAGAAGGCCCGCUUCGCCGCCGAGCAUCCGGAGAGCGAACUCUUCCGUCGGUUGGGCGGGCGCUUCACCAUACGCCCACAGCACGGCCAGCAACAGAUGCAGAUGCACGGCAGUCUCACCAGGAGCACUUACAGCAACAACAAGUGUCUGGCAAUGGGUGGCAGCAGUCGCAAUGUUAACAAUGCAGAGACCGGAAUGGGUAUGGGCGUGGCGUCAAGGACAAGGUGCACCAGUGCAGGCGGAGGUGGCAGCAAUAUUGACUGCACCGAGCGACCAUUGAUGCAUCAGCGAGCCACAUCCAAUCGAAGUGUCCCCAGCGUCAGCUUUCGCAACGUGGCCAAUGGAGGCGGCUGCGACGGCGACAGCAGCAACAGCAACAGCGGUAAUCUGAAUAAUACAGGACGGACUAACUUCCGACUUGCUGGCAGUGGCAUCUUGCGGCAAUCGUCCACCCCACCGACAACGAUCUCGUCCACAUCUUUCUCGACGCGUGGCAAGGCACCGACCAGUAGCUUCUGGCGGAAGCGUGCUGCUGCCGGCAGUCCCUAUCUCCUGGACAGUCAUCCGAAUCGACGGGCCUCGUUGCGCGGCAGCGUCUCGCAGCCACAAUUGGGUUACGCGACAAAUGGAAAUGGAGGACAGGAACCAGGUGGCGGAGCCAACGUGCCUGGCGGAGCAACAGUUGGGGCAAGCAGCUGCAUAAGUGCUGGAAGCGCUGGCGACGGUGGCCCAAGCAGAAAGAACUUAACCACCAUUCAGACACACUGUGGAGGCGGUGGCGGUGGCACUGGCAAUAGCUGUGGCAACGGUAAUGAGAAUCAGCAGCAGGUGACGACAACGCGACGCCACAAGCUGCUCCCCUUCAAGCUGUCAUUCAAUCGAGUUGCCACGCCUGCGCUGAACUUGAGAUUUCUCAACAAUCGCGCCAAGCGCAACAGCCUCUCGGCAAAUGCGGUGGCCACGGAGCAGAAGGCCACCAAGGUCCUGGGCCUGGUCUUCUUCACCUUCGUCCUGUGCUGGUCGCCGUUCUUCAUACUGAACAUCAUAUUUGCCGCCUGCCCUGAAUGCCAAGUGCCCGAGCAUGUGGUCAACACCUGCCUCUGGCUGGGCUACGUUUCCUCGACGAUCAACCCGAUCAUUUACACCAUCUUCAAUCGGACAUUUCGAGCGGCUUUCAUCCGCCUGCUCAAAUGCAACUGCGAACGCUCGGGCCGCCCGCUACGCUAUCGCUCCGUGACCGAAGGGCGCAGCGCCUUGAGUCUGUGCGCCCCCUCAGCCCUGCCGCUGGCCAUCUCGUUUCAGGGCGCACCACUAAUGACGCCAUCCACGACGAAUGCGACGCCGCUGAGUGAGUUCCGGAGCAGUUAUACAAUCAACGAAGACGAGCGCUAAGCAGAGCGUUUGGUCACUUGCGUUCAGAGAGUCAAACUCGAAUUUACGGGCUAUGUUGUUAUGAAAGUACAGGUAAACGAGGCAAACUACCGACGAAUGGUCGAUGGGACGAAUUGGCGAUGAAUCGAAUAGUCAGACACACUUCAACAUGUACUUUAAGCUGAAAGCCAAAUGAAAGUCAAGAUAAUAUUACAGGGUGACCCAUUCCAAA